AUGAAAUCAGUUGGAGCUCCUGUUAAUACAAGUCUGAACAUGGAAUCCGGUGAACAAUUGAAAAUAUUAGAACCUAAGGAAGUUAUGAAAUUUAGAAGUCUUGUGGUAAAAUUGUUAUUUUUAACUAAUACAGUUAGGCUUGAUUUAGCAUAUGCUGUGAAUCAAGUAUCACGUGAUUUAAGUCAACCUAAGCAAGAUGAAGCUGCUGCCAAACAUGUUAUUAGUACAUUAUUGGAAUUAAAUAUUCACCUUCCAGGUUUAAUUUAUUGGUUAGUUUUUGUGAUCUAA